AUGUCUUGUCACCAUCAGCAUUCCCACGGCGUUGCGCCAAUUCCCACGAACGAGUCGCAGUCGUUGAACUCGGACGUGCUAACAACGCAGGUUUCCGCAUUGAACAUUGAAAAUUCGCCCCAAGACCUGGCCAAACUGUUCAAAACCCAAACGACUAAAUACCAAUUGAUCCCUGAGAUCAGAUCAGACGCAGACAAUCAGUUUAUUCUGCACAUUCCGUUCCAAGGCUCGGUCAAACUGUAUUCAAUCAUUCUCCGAACCGCUCGCCACCCAAACCAUUGUCCGCGCACCAUCAAAUUGUACAAGAACCAGCCGUCUUUGGACUUUGACUCUGUGGGUACAACCAAGGCUACACACGAGAUUGAACACCCGCAAAUCGGUGUCGAGUUCGAUGACGAUCUACCCGAGGAGUUUGUUGCCGAGGACACGUUUGUGGAACAUUAUCUGCCUCGUAGACUGCUUACUGGAGUGACCUCGUUAUCUAUUUUCUUCCAGAAUAACUGGGCAGACGACGACGACGAGGUGCUGAAACUUUACUCAGUCGAGUUACGCGGAGAGUUCACUCCAUUGACCAAAGAUCCGGUGGUCACGCUCUACGAGUCUGCGGCCAACCCCGCGGACCAUAAAAACAUGCUGUCGCAGGAGACUAAAAACUACCAGAAUUUAUAG